AUGGCGCCAAAGUUUCUAAAGAAAGCCAAAGAAGUGGCGAAGAACGCCAAGAAUGCAAAGAAUGUGGUGAAGGAUAAGAUGGGGAAAGUGAAGGAUAAGGUGCAGAAAGUGAGGGAUCAGAUCAACAAAUGGGAGACAAAUACUGGCGAAUGUAUUGUCACCAAAGAAUAUCGUCAGAUAUUGGCUAAGUUUUCGUACAUUCUGUUGGUUUGUCUCCUAUUUCUGGCGAUCGGAGAGAUAUUUCUAGCGAUUGUUGUCUACAUAAAAGUCGCUCAAUUAUCCCAACUGUUGACCUCGUCUACGAUCACGAGAAUCAUCUCAUAUAUAGUGAGCACUUUUGUUGUGCUCACUAUUUUUGAUUCAUUCUUUCUGUAUGUCAUCGAUGGCUACCAAACGGCCGAAGAAGAACGCGACGUCACUUCCAUCAAAAGAUCUCACGUUUUGAUCAAAGUGUCAUAUUAUGCUUCCUAUCCAUUGGCCGUCAUUUUGAUGAUAUUAAUGAUCUGGUGUUCACAGCAUUUCAAAAGCAUUCGCCAAGAAUUGCACGAAUCAAUGGGUCAACACAUGAAAGUCUAUUCAACUGAUCUCGUGUCCAAUGAAGUGAUUAACCAAAUUCAAUGGACGUAUUACUGUUGCGGACAAAGCAAUUACGGCAAUUGGUUUGAUGACUCACUUUUGCCAAUUAAUGGAAACGACGCCAAUUGGCUUCGGCGCCGAUAUAGUUGGUCUAACCUAACCAUCACCGACCGUAAGCGUCUUCCGUUCACUUGUUGUAAACACGAUUUGAUCCAUUCCUGUCGUUUCAAUGACGCCAAACCAAAUACUAAUGAUUUCCAGCGAAACGGUUGUACGGAAAGUGUGUUUCAAGAGUUAAGUGGAUUGAAAAGAGGAAUUCAAUCCUACUUUUUGAUGCAAUUCUUGAUUGUCUUUACAAACAUGAUUUUACUCGAUAUAAUCCAACAAUCGCUUCAAUCCCAAUAUGACACUCGUCUCGACCCCCCGACCGUCCGAUUCCCGACAUUUAACGCAAUUUCUUUCGUGAAGCGAGUGAUCAAACGGACGCCUCUGAGGACCAGUUUUGUCCAGAACUCUCUGCCGUCGAGUGGAUCCACUUCGCAGAGCGCUUCCAUUUACAAUGCAAUCGCUUGCAAACCAAUUGCAGUGGAGGAAUACAACCGACUUCUCAUCAAAAACCAAAGACUGGCCAAAGAAAACGCUUUACUGAAGACAGAGUUCAGUCGCUGUAAAGAAGUGUUGCGAUCGAAGAGCAAUGAAAACAUUGAUCUCAAACAGGAAGUGAUUAACUCGAGGAAUGAAAGCGAGAAACUCAGACACGAGCUCAAGAUUAAGAGCUCUCUGAACGUCACUCAAAUUUGCGAUCGAAUCAAAUACGCAAACAGUCUUCUGAUUGAUGAGUACUUCCGAGUGAAUGAGAUUAAGGAACAGAUGAAUGAAUUUGGAAACAAAGUCGAGACAAUUAGAGGAAUAAUGACUUCACUUGAAUCGAUGGUCGAUCCAAACAAUGCCGCUCUGGAGGGCACUGAACAUGAAAUAAGUGGUGAAAGAAUGGAUUCGUUGCGAACAUUGAAUGACAGUUUGAACCGAAGAGAAUCGCGUCGAUUCUCAUUGACACCUCUGGAACAGGACAUCCGAAGGAGACUCUCGUCCGACAAAAUCAAACAUGACUUUCAAGUGAUGACAGAAUUGAGUACAAUCUUAGAGCUCUCGCGUGAAAACAGAAUCUCUUCCAUCGGUUUCAUUGAAGACUUAAACUCUGGAGAUAUCACUGUUGGGCAAAACAAUGGCAUUGAGUCCAUCGCCUGUGUUGUCGGCGUUGAUGGCCAACCGGUACGAGUGCCGUCUUUGGCCAGCACUUCAAGUGCUCAGCCAAUGACGAGCUCUCGUUUGGAAAAAGCGGUUAAACCAAAGAAGACUUCAAAACCGAAAGAAACGACUCAAAAGAAAGUUACGAAACAAAAGACAGUGAAUAAGAAGAAACAAACAGUGGAUAAGAAACAAAUGAAGCCUAAGAAUGACGAGAAUGUGACUGAAAAUAAGGCCGACUAUUCUGUGUAUGACUUCACUGACGACGACGACAAAGAGAAUGUCAUUCCUCCGGUCACCAGAAAAUCGAAACGAAUCAGAUCCGCGGCAAUCAGAGCUCGCAUCUGAAUUGGCGCACAAAACUGGUCUCUGAAGUCGAUCGCAUUGUUGGCUCACAUCU